GCGGUGGCAAACUGCAGCUCAGACGAGGAAACGAGAGGCGACGAGAGUAGCAGAAGGAAGAGAAGCUCGAUUUCUCCUAUGUCAACUGUCAAUGUACAGAGAAUAAACUGGAUUCAAUGAUUUUUUUCUCCUGAAUUUGUAGGAAGAUUUUUGUUUAACGCACGGAUAUCGUAUUCAUUUUUUAUAGAUAAUCUGUACAUACACACUCGACCGGCUCACAGGCAGCGUGCGUGGGUAACAUCUACCAUACGAUGGAUGGUAUUCUGUGUCACCGUUGAUCGGUGUGAUUAACUCGAGUCACCGGCUGACAGUUGAGUCACUGGGUUGUUUCACGGGGACGUUAUUUCUCGAAACGUAACGUUGGUAGGCUAAUCAACUAGUCAUCGCACUGAACGGGCUUUCCUGUCAUCAUUGUGAGACGUGAGACAUUGUGAGACGUUCGCCUAUUGUGGCAGAUUUCAUAUUGGAAUAUUCUGAACAAAAGUCUUAGUCUUCACAGCUGAUGUCAAGGUGGAACACUUCAACCUCUAUAUUGAUAAUCAGAUUAUGAAGAUUCUGUCUCCCUGUGUCAAUGACGGGUAAAAUGGAAACCCCUUUCUACCACGAUGAGGCCCCAGGUGUCCCACACAGCUUCGGACAACACCAUGCAGAUUACGAACGCUACCAGGGACACAAGAUGAUGAGUAAGAAGGUGGCACAUAACUUCUCAGGCGGUUCCCACGGCAGCUCUGGCCUGAAACUGUCCCAAGGUCAGCCGGGGAGCAACUGCAAUAUCAAUCCUAAUAAUCUGGGAGGGAUUAACAGCAACACGAACAGCUCGUUAAUGCCCGGCGGUUUGUCAGAUAUGAACCUUCUGAAGCUGGCCUCCCCUGACCUCGAGCACCUCAUCAUCCAGUCCAACCAGGGCCUGGUGACGACGUCUCCUGUGCCCAACCACAACGGAGGUAACCCCUUCAUGUACCGGAACAACGCGACUAACGAACAGGAGGGUUUUGCCGAUGGGUUCGUCAAAGCCCUGGCGGAUCUCCAUAAACAGAACCAGCUGGUUGGAGCCCCCAUGUCCCCCUCCUCCUCUGUACAAGGUCCGUACCAGAGGAACAUCAUGUCUGCAGGAGACCUUCCCAUCUAUACCAACCUCAGCAGCUACAACCCUAACCACCCCAACCACAUCUCAUCAUCCUACCCAGGCGGCCAGAUGCCCGGCAGCUACCCAGGCCCGGGGCACCACGGACCCGGAGGCCCGGGGUCCCACCAUCCCCACAACAGGGGCCUGGACGCCCCUCAGACUGUCCCAGAGGUACGUAACCCUUCCGGGGACCCCACCUCCUCCCCUCCCUCCCUCUCUCCCAUCGACCUGGAGACCCAGGAGAGGAUCAAGGCAGAGAGGAAGAAGUUGCGUAACCGGAUCGCGGCGUCCAAGUGUCGCAAGAGGAAGCUGGAGCGGAUCUCCAGGCUGGAGGAGAAGGUGAAGGUCCUGAAGACCCAGAACUGUGACCUGACCUCCACCGCCUCGGUCCUGAGGGAACAGGUGGCCCAGCUCAAACAGAAAGUCAUGAAUCACGUCACCAACGGCUGCCAGAUAGCGGUCAGCUCAGCGGCCCUGCAGUCCAAGAGCACCGGGGAGAGGGAGAGCACCAGCUGCUGAUCAACGGGGAUGAGGAGGGUGUUUUUCUGUUGUUCUGAGUCAGUCCUCUCUAAAGGAAGUAGUACCUCUACAAGGUAAAUGAUGGGUGUUGUGAGGGUAAAUAAAGUAUGCUAACUACGUGAUGGGGUGGCUGGAGAAGGGAGAAUCCCACCUCUAUAUGCUAACUACGUGAGCGGUGGGGGAGAAGGGAGAAUCCCAGCUCUCUAACCUCAACAGACAGACAAAUUGACCAGAGUUGCAGUAGCAACACAACAAGAGAAGUACAUGGGACAUCUCUGCCUUUCUACUUUUAUAGAAAGCCCUGUGAGUGACCAAGGUAUCUCUGCUCAAUAGGAGCACAUUAAACCACCUGACUGAAGGCUGUGCUCUACAACACUGGACCGUGUACAUAACCAGGUAAACCAUGGUUAGAGUGAGGAGCGGAGGACAUUGUGCCUCUAGUAUAUCGUUCAGUAGGUCCAGGGUGCUUAUGGUAAACAGGAAUGCUAAUAACUGAGAGGGUAUGAAACAUUCAAGGUUCCCUGUAGGGUAAAGGCACAUGUCACCUCAGAACGGGAAUUCCUACAUUCUAAAAGGUCAUCUCUCUCUCUUAUGAUUUCAGAAUGAAUUCCAAAGGCUGUUCUACGGUAAUUUCUUACUGUCAUUACCAUAGUAUUUUUGCCAGCUAAACAUUUGAGUCAGAUCAGAAGUAUACUUUUUACUGAGUUUGACUUUUAAAACAAUUUCAAAAUGACAAAUGAUGGAGAACCUUGUGUGUUACUCCAAGGCCCUGCAUAUUACUCACAGGAAAACUGUAUUUUGAAGUAAUGCAAAAUUAAGAUUUGGCUUUUUCACACAAUAAAGCAAUUGGUCAGAGUAUCACAAUGUUGAUCAAAUCCAUUGGAUGUCAUGUGAUGUAGAUCAUUUAUUUGUUUGAGAAUUAAAGGAAAUUAGCUGUAAAACAGCAACAUUUUCUCUCAGCCUCAUGGCUAUAUGUGUAGAAUUUCAGGAAAUUUCCUU